GCACGUGGUGUUGGUGUUACACAUCUCUUCAUCCGUGUGCAUCUUCGAGCCGGCUGCAGACCGGAGGAGGAGCAGAGUGGCUGACUUCCGCUGUGCUGCAGGAUCAGGAUCUUUGUAAAGUGGGUGAAAGGUGCCGAAGAAGAACAGGCUGUCAUUCAGAGAACCACAGGAACCAGGGGAACAGAGAAACAGAACCAGAGAACCAGAGGAAAAGACGAACAGACAACCGUCAUCAUGCUGCAGAACACAGGGAAGUUAGCGGGCUGUACGCUCUUCAUCACCGGAGCGAGUCGCGGCAUCGGGAAGGCUAUUGCUCUGAAGGCGGCGAGAGACGGAGCCAACAUCGUGAUCGCCGCCAAGACUGCAGAACCACAUCCAAAGCUGCCCGGAACCAUCUACAGCGCCGCCAAGGAGGUGGAGGCAGCGGGGGGGCAGGCGUUGGCGUGUGUGGUGGAUAUCCGUGACGAGCAGCAGGUCGGUGAAGCCGUGCAGAAAGCUGUCGACAGAUUUGGAGGAAUCGACAUCCUGGUGAACAAUGCAUCGGCCAUCAGCCUGACGGGGACUCUGGAGACGCCGCUGAAGAAGGUCGACCUGAUGCUGGGAGUCAACCUGAGGGGGACCUAUUUAACGUCGAAGCUGGUGUUGCCUCACCUGCUGAAGAGUCGCAGUCCUCACAUACUGAACCUGUCGCCACCGCUCAACCUGAACCCCGUCUGGUUCAAGAACCACACAGCUUACACCAUGGCCAAGUACGGCAUGUCCAUGUGCGUCCUAGGGAUGGCCGAGGAGUUCAGAGGGCAGAUCGCCGUCAACGCCCUGUGGCCAAAAACUGCCAUCCAGACGGCGGCGAUGGAGAUGCUGGGAGGGGGCGAGGUGGCUAAGCAGUGCCGGACCGCGGACAUCAUGGCGGACGCCGCAUACGCCGUGUUGUCCCGCGGGACGGACUACACCGGGAACUUCCUCGUGGACGAGGACGUCCUGAAGGAGCAGGGGGUCCGACACUUCGAGCAGUACGCCGUGCAGCCAGGUCACCCCCUGCUGCCAGACUUCUUCCUGGACGACGCCCCGGAGAUGCUGGUGGAGAAGAUGGAGCAACAUGGGGCGACCCCAGCCUUCAGACCCCCAACAUCAUCAACUGUGCCCCCCUCUGGAGGACCAAUAGAAAACACCUUCGACGCCAUCAAGGCGGUGAUCAACGAAGAUGUUGUCAAGAUGACGCAGGGCAUCUACCAGUUUGACCUUUCAGGAGAGAAUGCAGGCGUCUGGUUCCUGGACCUAAAGAGCGGUGCUGGGGGGGCGGGGCAGGGUCAGCCGCCUGUGAAAGCUGACGUCGUCAUGACCAUGGACUCUGCCGACUUCAACAAGAUGUUCGCAGGGCAGCUGAAACCCACGCUGGCCUUCAUGGGGGGGAAGCUGCGGAUCAAAGGGGACAUGGCGCUGGCUCUGAAGCUGGAGCAGCUAAUGAGCAGGAUGAACAAAGCCAAGCUUUGAGGAGGAAGCCAUGUGUUCAGAGAGUUUUAAUCAGUGACCUCCAUUAACUCACACUCAGUGAUUACUGGUGGUGGUCAGGUGAUCGCAAACAGGAAGGGUUAUCCUGUAAUCUGAAUCGUUUCUUUUCUGUGUUUUCUCAAACCAGAGUUCUCUUUAUUAAACCAGAGUUCUCUUUAUUAAA